UAGAUGCUGCGUAUAAGCAAAUACAGAAGGGAAAACAAAUGGUAGGAGGCAUUAAGGAAAGGAGUCGGGGUCAGUAUACAUGUCAGACACCAUCAUGAGUAGAAACAAAGAGUUCUCCUUGGUGGAUGACAGUAAUGAAGAGCUUAAGAGAAGAAAAAUGAAAGCUCUAAGGCAAUGUCUUGAGAUACUAAAAGAGGAUUUUGCGGAACCAAAUCAGAGAAACAGUGAUUUGUGUCAUAUAUCAAAAGCUCGGAGUAUGAAAGCAUUGCAUGAUGAUGUGAAGGAUGAAGACACUGAUUUUUUUUGUUUCUCUUCUACAGAAACCAGAACUGAUUUUAAACUUGGGUUGUGCUGUGGCAACUCACAAAGGCUAGCAAGGCCCUUCAGUCACAACACUGAAGAGAAAAAUAUUCAGCACCCAGUUUAUUCAAAUGGUGGGCUGAGGGAUAAACCAGCUUUAGCUCCAUCAGCAGAUAUGGACAGCAAAAUUAUGGAAGAUAUUGAUGAAGCUUUGUGUGUAGCUAUUUGUAAUCUCAGCCACUUACAUGAUGCAGAUGAGAUGCUGGAAUACUUGGAAUUGAAAGUGAAGCAGGAAGGAGACAAAGUUGGAGAAACUGCAGAUAGAACGUUUGAUGAACUUAUUACUUCUCUCCUCUCAAGGAAAAGGAAAUUGUGUGCAGAAUUAGUGAAGAGCAUCAACAACUACAGUGCUGGUAUUGCAAAAGCUAAGGAAGUCAUUGAAGAGAAGAAAAAGUGCCUGAUUGGUGCCAUUAGGAUUGCAAAGGAAUUAAAAAUUACACCUUCUGUAAGAACCUAUUGUGAUCUCGCUCAGGUUAUUUAUAAUUUAAAGUUGCCAGUUGAGGCUGAGCUCUCAAGAGUGAAUAGUUUGAAGGAAAAAAUAUCUCCAAGGUUUUUCCUAAACACUGAUGAGAUUACAUCUUUGUUAAAAAAUUUGGGCAAGAUUGAAUGGGGAACAGCAGGGCCUGAAGAUAAUGUACAACAGAGUCUUAUCCUUGAUGACAAAGAAGAAAAACCAGGCUGCUAUACUCAAUCAUCUGUGGAGAAUAUUUUUCCAGUACUUAGCAGAGAAAGUAAAAUAAAGGCUCUUGAAAAUAAACUAGGUGUUCACAAAGAAGUGAAAAAUACUCAACUACAAGAAACACUUCCUAUGAUACAUCAUCAGAGUAUUCCUGCGCUACCCAAAUCUCCAUCCAGCCCUGAUGUCAUAAUAGAAGAAAUAUUUGAAGAUGACCUGGAAAAGUUUCCCACAGAAUAUCAUGCUGAUGAACAGAGGAAGAAACUCUUCAGGAAGGAAACACCUCUUCAACACAAAGCUGGUUCGACAGAACUAGUGUUUGUAAGCCAUGUUAUAAAUCCAUGCCACUUCUAUGUUCGGAGAUACUCACAGAAGGAAGAAGCAGGGGUUUUGGAGAAGAAAUUGAAAAACUUCUGUUGUAAAAAUAGUUCGUAUCUGUUCCCUUCAGAUGUUUUGGAACUAGGUGCUAGAACUUUUAUUAAGAAUAAAGAAACUGGGAUGUGGUGCCGUGGAACUAUCACUGAACUAAUUCCACUAAAAAGUAAAAAUGAGAGGAAGCCUCGUGGUCCAAUAAGAUACAAAGUUUGUGAUAUUGCACUGCUGGAAGUAUUCCUGAUUGAUUUUGGGAGCUCUGUAGUUCUAAUUUUCUCAGGAUACGUUCCUGCUGAAAGGCCUGAACCUGCUACUGUGCAAACUAUUGAAACAGAUGACAUUUGUUUGUUUGUAAGGAAGCCUGAUGAGCACAUUGAGGCAGAACUCGCAGCUGUUCCUCCUUUAGCAGUACAGUGUUCAUUGAAAGAUGUUGUUCCCAAAAAUGCAAGUGAAGGUUGGGGAGAGGAAGCAAAGACAAAAUUUUUAGGAAUGGUAAAUAAUAAAGUUGUUUUAAUGACCAUAUUUAGAGAAGAGGAUGGUGUUCUCAUUGUGGAUUUGAAAAAACAUCCUUUUAAUAAAAUAAGCAAUAACAUGCCAGUGUCUCUCAAGGAUGCAUUAGUUUUUUUAGACUUGGCAAGGUUUAGAUCACAGCUUCCCAGUCAGUUAGAAAAUAACACCAUCUUGCAGUACAGUCCACCUAAGAUUCCACAAGAAAGAGAAGAAGUCUCUGUCGUUGUCUGUCAUGUUAAUAGUCCAAGUGAUUUCUAUCUCCAGUUGAGAGAUAGCCUGGAUUCUUUAGCUCUUCCCAAGAAAAUUCAGGAGGUAUAUAAACAUGAGUAUGGGAAAAACUUGGAAAUUGUCUGCCCAGUUGAAGGCCAAGCCUGUAUUGCAAAACAGGAGGAUGGGAAUUGGUACAGAGCACAGAUUAUAGGGCUGCCAAGCUGUCAAGAAGUUACAGUAAAAUAUGUUGACUUUGGCAAUGUUGCUAACUUAACUCUUAAAGACAUAUGCAGAGUAAAAAAGGAGCUUCUGAGCUUUCCAGAAAAGGCAAUCAGGUGCAGGCUGGCUUGCAUUAAGCCUUAUAAAGGGGCAAAUGAGUGGAACAGAGAAGCCAAGGAGAGGUUUGAAGAAAUGACUGAAGAUAAACUUAUGCUCUGUUCAGUUGUUGAAAUUUUAGAUAAUAACAUCUUAUCUGUUGAACUCUUUGACUCCUCUACUGUUCAUGGAAGAAGCUUUAGUAUUAACUGUCAGCUGGUUAAAGAAGACCUAGCAUCCUACACACCUGGGUACACUGAAAGUACUGCUGUAAGGCCCAAUGAAAUAUGGGAUGUUCCUCUAGAAGAAAUUCCUGAAACCUCGGAAGCUUUAAAUCCUAUAGGCAUGGAACCUGUGGAUGAAGGAGAUUUCAGAUCACUUUCUAAGAAAGAGCUACAAGCGAGAAUUAGUCAUGUUGUGUCUCCUAGUAAAAUUUUUAUACAAUGGCUGUCAUCAGAAAGUAUACUGAAAAGUUUACAGGAGAGGAUGGCUACCAUCUACAAAGAAUCCCAGCCACAGUCCGUGAAGUGGGAAAGUAGUAUGCACUGUGCUGUUUAUGUACGUGAUUUGAAACAGUGGCAAAGAGGUCGAAUAAGCAGGAUUGUCUCUGAAACGAGUGCAGAGGUGAUACUUUAUGAUUCUGGAGCUGAAAAAACAGUGGAUAUCAGCUGUCUAAGGAAACUGGAGGAAAAUAUGAAGAAAAUUAGGACAUUAGCAAUAGAAUGUUCUUUGGCCGAUAUCAGACCAACAGGUGGAAGCACGCAGUGGACAGCAACAGUGUGUGAAUGUUUAUCCUAUUACCUAACCGGUGCACAAGUAAAAAUAAUCAUACAGGGAAGUGUUGUGGCUUGUGCAUUGCCUGUGAAAAUUCUUUGCAAAGAUGAAACAGGACAAUUGAUUGAUAUUUCAGAACACCUUAUUAAAAAGGGUUUGGCUUUUAGAAAGAGAAGAACUGAUAAAGCUGAUGUGGCUUACUCGGUCUCCAAGGAACAUCUUGAAGUACAUUUAGAGCAAGAGGACACACAACUGGAUGGUUGUAAUACCAGAACUGCACAUGCAAGAAACAGCAUUGCUCCAGAGGAAAACAUCACUGUUUCAGAGAGUGAAGAGAAAUUAUGCAAAACAUAUAAGUCACUGCUUCAUUCAGGAAUGGGCGAAGUAUAUAAAACCCCUGUUAUACCUGAAGCAAAAAUUUUUCAAGCUGUAGUAAGUUGCGUUGGACAUGAUGGAACUAUUUAUAUAAUACCAAAAUCAUUUGAAACUGAACUAAACAAAUUGAUGACUGAAAUACAAAGUAACUUUAAAUGCCUUGGUCUUCUGGAACCCUACUGCUGGAAAAAGGGAGAAGCUUGUGUUGUAAGAGGAUCAGAUACCAUGUGGUAUCGCGGUAAAGUUGUGGAACUUGGUGGUAGUACUCUUCAGGUACAGUAUAUAGACCACGGUUGCAUAGAGAGGAUUCCUCAGUGUCAUCUGUAUCCAACUACAUUGUAUACUGGUAUUCCUCCAUUUUGCAUACCAUGUCAGCUCUACAAGACAGUACCAAUUGGAAAUUUUUGGCAGCAGGAUGCAGUAGAUUGCCUUCAAGAGCUACUUAAAAAUGAAGAGGUUGAAAUACAUGUUCAGGAAUUACCAGAUAAUCCAUGGGGCAAAUUAUCCAUCAACCUGUAUUUUGGUGGAAUGUCGCUUUCUUCCUUCAUGGCAUUCCAGAAGUACUGUGUUGCUGAAGAUUGUCAGGACAUGGCAAUGCUGGAGCUACUUGAAGGAGACGUUCCUGUUUUGCCUUCAUACAAGUUGCCACCGCUACCUGUUCCAGGAGAUACCUUUCCUGUCAGAGUUACCCAUUUGGUGUCCCCUAAGGAGGUUUAUAUUUGCCUUGAUCCUUCUAAGUACCUUACGAAGCAGUCUGCCACAGCAGGAGAUGCCAACUGUGACUCGGAGAGCCUUGAUGAAGCCCUGAAGUGGUGCAAUAAAAGUGUGGAGUCUCUUCCUUUUCUAACACACUUCCAAACAGAAAUGCCUUGCCUUGUAGAAUACCAGGACGGUUUAUGGUAUAGAGCAAAGGUCCUCUCCGUUGAAGAAUUUGACCCUAUUAGGAUCCUGGUUCAGUUUGUUGACUAUGGUAGUUUUUCAGUUGUCCCAACAAGCAGAUUGCGUCACAUACCUUAUCAUCUGCUGAAGUAUCCUGUUCAGGCAGUACGAGCUCUGUUGGCUGGAUUUAAACCUGCUUUAUAUGACAGAAAUGUGAAAAGAAUUCCUUAUUGCCCAGAAUGGAGUGUGGAAGCAUUGUGGGCUAUGAUGGAGUGCAUUGAAGGAAAACAGCUCUCUGCUUCCAUACUUGCUCUUUCACCAGAGGUCACUAUUUCUUUGUAUGAAGAUGACAAAAAUCUCAUUCAUAUGAAACUGAUACAAAUGGGACUUGCAGAUUUGGAUGAGUGAGUGACAUGCAUAUUUGGUGACAGACUUCUCCAGUACCAGAGUCUGGAAUCAGGGGUGAACAGUUGGGGGUAGGGGAGUGGUUCUGUCUUUGUUCUGGAAUAUGUUUGCAUUGCUGCUGUGUUUUCUGUUUUCAGUCAUGAUGAGAUGGAUGUGUUUUGGGUGCCCUUGCACCUCCUUCCUACUCCUGGAGCUGCACUGUUCAUUUGAAAGUGUUGGAAUAAAGAAGA